GACAGAAGCAGUUUAAGUCAGCGCUUGGCGAUACCUCCUACCGGAAAUUGUGUACCCCAAGAAAGUAUAAUAACCAGUGGAACUGGAUGUCAAACUCAGCAAAGCUUGCAACGAGACAAUUCGUCGCAGUUACAAUAUCUAUUAGAGAAGCAGCAGAUUACGAUGGACGAAGUAGUGAAGGGAUUAAGAAUGCCUCAAAGGGAAUACAUGAGUUUUGAUGGCGAACCUCGCAACUUUCCGUUGUUCAUGAAGAAUUUUGAAGUGAAUGUCGAGAGUAAAGAAAGUAAUGAUGCAGAUCGACUGAAUUACCUUAUUCAGUAUUGUAAAGGAACAGCAAGACAAGCGAUAGAGCAUUGCAUCAUUAUGCCUCCGGAUCAAGGAUACAAGCGUGCUAAGGAAAUCCUGAGAAAAAACUUUGGUCGAAAUCACAUCGUAACCCAAGCAUUCCUUGAGAAAGUCUUGAAUGGACCGCCAAUUAGAGUAAACGAAGCCGAGAAAUUGUCGCAGCUAGCAAGAGAUAUGGAAACGUGUCUCCUUGGUUCUAUUCAGUUAGGAAAUCGGGCAAGUAUCAAUUCGAUGGACACUCUGGGAAGGGUAGUUAGCCGCCUUCCAAUGCAUCUCAAGUCAAAAUGGGCUGAUAAAGCAAGCCAUAUGUACGACAAUCACAUCACACCAGAUUUCUCUCAUUUAACUGAAUUCAUACAAUCCCGCGCAGCCGUGGCUAGUACGUACUUUGGUCAAAUGAUUACCUCGAAAAAUGAAACCCGAAAGGAUGGAACUGACAGAUUGAAGAAGAAAUCCUUCUUGUUUAGUGGGAAUAGCACAAACUUAGCAACUCACAGCCAGAGAAUAUUUGACAGUAGUGAAUCAAAGGGAAGAAAUUUAUCCUGCGUACUAUGCAAAGGCACACACCAUCUUGAACGCUGUCACAAGUUCAGGGCUCAAAAUCUUCAGCAACGACAAGACCUAGUAAAGACGCACAAAGUUUGUCAUGCUUGCUUGAGCCCAGGACAUUUCGUGAAAGACUGCAGAGGUGCCCGCAUAUGCGGUGUUGAAGGUUGUCAGAGAAGGCACCAUCCUUUGUUACACUCAUCCGAAAUAAAGGCUAAGGAUUCUAAAUCAAGUGAAAGAAAUUCAAAUCCUGAACCAUCUGAAAGCGACAGCCAAUCCAAAGCACUCCCAACGUCUGGAGUUGGCGCGACAAAUUCAUCAUAUAGCAGUUGUCGUAUAGGUUUGCAAGUUAUUCCAGUUAAGGUCAGCGCACCCUAUGGUAGUCGUGUGAUAGAAACUUAUGCGUUCUUAGACAGUGGCUCCAACACAACCAUGUGCUUAACCAGUUUAGCUGAAGAUCUUGGAGCCGAUUGCUCACCCAUCGAAUUCACGUUAGCGACUGUUUCAGGCAGCCACAAAAGUAAGGGUCAACAGUUAUCUCUCGAUGUGGUUGGAGUAUCCACGGGCAAAGGUGUCAGACUAGAUAAAGUUUGGACGACCAACACUCUUCCUGUUGCUCUAGAAAGUAUUCCCACGAACACUGAUGUAGGGUGGUCUCACCUUAAAGGCGUUAAUCUAACCGAUUUAGUGGAUAAGAAAGUCACUAUCCUUAUUGGAAGUGACGUUCCCGAAAGCUCUUUGCCCCUUGAAGUGCGUUCUGGGAAAAGAAAUCAACCCUACGCAAUACGGACAAUCCUCGGUUGGACGGUGAUGGGACCUCUGAAGGAAAACCUUAUCAAGAAGCUCAGAUGA